AUGGUUCCUGUUUAUGCAUUAAUGUCAUUCUUGUCCCUCGUCAUAAAUAAGGGUGCAAUCUACUUCAAUUCUAUCAGAGAAGUAUAUGAAGCUUGGGUCAUUUAUAAUUUUCUGUCAUUGUGCUUAGCGUGGGUGGGUGGACCAGGUGCUGUGGUGUUAAGUCUCAACGGCAAAGUUCUAAAGCCAAAUUGGUGGUCAAUGACAUGUUGCAUCCCUCCAGUUCCAUUGGAUGGUCGCUUUAUACGAAGGUGCAAGCAAGGAUGCUUGCAGUUUGUGAUCCUCAAGCCUAUGCUAGUAGCAGUUACAUUUAUACUUUAUGCGAAAGGGAAAUAUGAAGAUGGAAAUUUUAGUCCAAUGCAAUCAUACCUCUAUCUCACCAUUAUUUAUACAAUCUCAUACUCAGUGGCACUUUAUGCCUUGGCCUUGUUUUAUGUGGCCUGUAGAGAUUUGCUUCAGCCAUUCAAUCCAGUUCCAAAGUUCAUCAUUAUCAAAUCAGUUGUCUUUCUUACUUACUGGCAGGGGGUUUUGGUUUUUCUUGCUGCAAAGUCUAAACUAAUAAAAGAUACAGAGGAAGCUGCAAACUUUCAAAGUUUUAUUAUUUGUGUAGAGAUGCUCAUUGCAGCAGUUGGUCAUCUUUAUGCAUUCCCAUACAAGGAAUACGCUGGUGCAAAUAUUGGUUCUUCUCGUGGCUUUACGGCAAGCCUUGCACAUGCUCUGAAAUUAAAUGACUUUUACCAUGAUACCGUCCACCAGUUUGCACCAACCUAUCAUGAUUAUGUUCUCUACAACCAUAAUGACGGUGACGAGGGAACAAGGAAAUAUAGGGCACGAACCUUUGUCCCAACUGGCCCAGAAAUGGAUGCAGUUAGAAGGAACAAACAUAUGUUUGGUAACAAAUCGGUAGAUAUACAGUUGUCCAGUUUAUCAUCUACAGCCAGUGAUACUCCUCAGAAUCAAGGCAUGGGGCACAAUUUCGUGAAAUCAGAGGCCAUUAACACAUCAUUACUCAUGGACGCGUCGAGUACUAUCGCUGUGCCUUAUGACCUUUCUCUCAUUGACUUGGACAUGUCUAAUCAGUCAGCUAAAGUGCCUGCUGCAAAAGAAGGAGUUGUAGGAAACAGCAAUUAUGCAUAUAGGCAAACAUUUUCUCCAUUCCUUUGUAGUAAUAGUUUCGUGCAUAAGAGCCAAGAUGCACUCUAUAAGGCAUUACAAAAGCUAAAAGAAGAAUUAAUGCUUUUGGGGUUUAUUUCAGUACUACUUGCUGUGUUUCAAGGUCUAGUAAGUGACAUUUGCAUCGCUGCCAAUCUUGCAACUAUUAUGCUUCCAUGCAAGUCGCCGGAAACUGGCUCCUCGACUGGUUCCCAUUUGUGCUAUUUGAAGUAG